AUGGAUCGAGAAAAAGGCCUCAUUGCUCUUGGCAUUGGAGCUUCUUUAGUGGCUGCUUUCUGAACCUACAAGAUGACUGGGAAGGUUUCGAACAAGUCAAACAAGAAAUCCAAGAGACUGUUCAAAACCAGAGAUGUUGAUGGAUGUUCCGAAAGCGGACUUGAUGAAAUUACCCUACCCUUGCUCGAUGGUGAUGAAGGAACAGAGACCAGCUAUGUCCAGGAUAAAUAUUCUGAAAUUAGUAUUCCCCUUAACAAGGAAAGAUCAAAAUAUGACAGACAGAAAAGAAUCAUCAGAGGAGAAGAUAUAGAAGAAACUAUAACUUCCAGCGAAAUCACCAAGACGAUCGAACCAAAUUAUAACAAAAGGAGGAAUUUACAGGAUUAUACAGGCAAUCGUGAGAGGACAUCGAGCGUUGACAGUGAAGAAGAAAGAUACAAUAGAUGGCAAAGAGAAAGAGAAAAUAAACUCCAUGCUGUUAAUUAUGUGAAAAACGAUAAGAUAUAUACAGAGCCUGCACCUAAAAACCCUGAAAAGGAGAGAUCUCAAGAAAAGAGGAAGCUUAAGAAUUUUUUAACAACGUAUAAGAAUGAUCGCUUCAAACCUAAGAAUUCCAAGAGGAGCAGUAGUAUAAAGUCACACUUGACAGAUUAUCAGAAGUCAUCAGCCGGAAAGGUAUCCUUGUCUGGAAACACAUCAACCAAGAUCCAGAAGACUAAGGAGUCAGGAGGUAAUUCAAUGAACGAAGAAAUUUCUGAAAAGAGGGAGACUAACUUCUUCGAUAUCUUCAUGGCUAUAUCCAAGCCAAUUAUUGAUGAGAAGAAGAGUAGGAAGAGAAGGAAGAAGAGAGCUAAGAGACAAGCAAGAGCUCAUUCUAAUGCUAUGUCAGAGCCUAACUUCCUUCGCUAAUAUAAUAUUGCUGCCAGUUUUAACUC